CCCAUUUACAAAGAGCCAAAGACACAAUAAAAGCUUUUUGUACUUUUCACUUAAAAGUUAACUCACCACAUAAAACCAAAUUUCCAAUUCUAAAAUCAUUAAGUGCAGCUCAGAUCCAAUCAGAUCCCACCAAAAUGCCCACCGUCAACAUUCUCGCCGGCCUCUUCCUCUUCCUUACACUCUGCUCCGCACAGACCCCUCCCGCACCGGAACCAGUCGCCGCCGACGGACCCUCUUCGCCGGCGAACUGUCUAGUGAGUAUGCUUAACGUAUCGGACUGUCUCUCGUACGUUCAGGUUGGGAGUACUGAGACUAAGCCCGAAUAUGCUUGUUGCCCGGAGCUUGCUGGAAUGGCUCAAAGCUCGCCGGAGUGCGUCUGUAAUCUACUCGGCGGCGGCGCAUCGCCGCGUUUUGGAGUCAAGCUUGACAAGCAGAGAGCUGAGGAACUUUCUUCAAUCUGCGGUGUGAAAGCUCCAUCUCCUAGCUUGUGUUCAGUUAUGGGUUUUCCGAUCAUCUCUCCAACCGGAAGUGAAGAUUCAUCGUCUUCAGGUUCUGAAGGAUCGGAAAAAGAUAAGAAAAACGGAGGUAUGCCCACAAAAGAUUACAGAGUAGCUUUAAACUACUCCUUAGUGGCCUUUUUCAUGAUUUGUUCUUUGUUCUAAGCCAUUUAAAUCAUAAUUCGUACGAUCUUCUCAUUUCUGUGAUUCAUAGUAAGAUUCUCAUGUGUGUUUCUUACAGGACUUAGGUUCUGUUAUAAUUUUAUAUAGCUUAAAAAUAUAGAUCUUAUCAUUUUAAUGAGAUAAAUCCAAUAAUUAGAAUCUGUGAUAGAGAAGUUUUACUACAGACAAGAAAAUCUAUUCUUAAACAAAUGAUAUCUUCAGUUCGAAGCUCACACAACACACAAUCUUUGUCACGCAACUUUGUUUACUUCCUUUACUUAUUGUACACAGCUUUUUCUCAUCUAUCAUCAUCCUUCUCACUUUCUCCACUUCCCUCCACUUUCCAUCAACAGCAUGUAUAUAUGAUAGUAACACAUAAGGCCCUACAUCACUUGGUUGCAUUCUCAUGAGCCCCUUCGCCAAGAUUUCUCCGACGUCAGGAGUCUGAGUCUUGUGAGUCUCAUUUUUUAGCUCUUCACCGUCUUUUGUCAAACCUGCUUUGCUAAGGAGAUUCACCAAGCAUCCAUGGUGCUCUAAUUUGGGUUCAACACCAUAGAUUUGGGUUAAUCGAUCAUAUACCCACCAACCUUCGAGAAACAUCCCAGCAUUGGCACAUGCAGACAGCACACAAACUAAAGUAGCACCGUUCGGGUCGACGUUUCCAUGCUUUUCCAAAUCUAGAAGCAUCUCUAAAGCUUUCUCUCCAUCCCCGUGCGUGCAAUAUCCCAUGAUCAUCGAGUUCCACGACACGAUACUUCUCUCUCCCAUCCCUUUAAAGACCUCUCUAGCCAUAUCCUUUGCGCCACAUUUAGCAUACAUUGUAAGCAGAGCGGUUGCGAGAAGCACAUCAGGUCUAAUACAGUUGCUUGUCACAUACGAAUGUAUCAUCUUCCCUGUAUCGAUCCGGCCUAAAUUCGCACAAGCCGUCAAGGCGCUAGUAAUCGACGCUUUGUUUGGUUUCAAGCCGUCUCCUUUCUCCAUCAACACCUCGAAAAGCCUAAGACAUUCUGCGCAAUCUUUGUUCCUGACACAGAGAGCCAAGAUAGUAUUCCAUGAAACCACGUUUCUCCUCGGCAUUCUAUUAAAAAACUCCCUCGCCAUUGCAACUUUUCCCGCUGCUGCGUAACCGUCGAUCAUACAGUUCCAAGAAACAGCAUCCGGAUCAGGCAUGCUCUCAAACAAACACCGCGCAGUCUCCAUAUUCUGAAUCUUUGCGUAACCGCAAAUCAUAGAGUUCCAACUGAAAACAUCUCUCUCAGGCAUUUCAUCGAACAACUUGCGCGCAACAUCCACUUCACCGUUCUUCACAUACCCAUCAAUCAUCAGAUUCCAGCUAACCAAAUCCAACAUGUACCCACCAUCGAACACCUUGUGUGCAUCUCGUAUCCGUCCGAAAACAGAGUACAUAAGAAUCAGCGAGUUCCUCACAAACAAAUCCAAAUCAAACCCUAACUUCAAAACCAAAGCAUGAAUCUUUUCCCCAUCUUUCGCAAACCAAUCUCCGCACACACCUUUGCCAUCAACGGAAACGUAUAAUGGUUCCUCGCCACCAUUUUCUCAUAGUAAAACCUCAACGCACCCAAAGGUUGUUUUGAUUUGACGAAACAUCUCAAAAUAGUGUUACCCAGAAACGCGUCAGGUUCAUCGACGGAAUCGAAAACUGAAACAGAUCGUGACACCGAAUUAAACCACGUGCAGAGCUUUUUAAUCACUCGUCCUGAUACAAGAGAGUGUUGAAGAAGCCCAGAGACUAUAAUUUGGGAAUAGACUUGAUCAAAUUCGCUCACUGCUCUUAAAGAUUCAAGCUUUUGUAGCAACGGAUGAUGGAUUUCAACAACGGGUCGUCCUGUUUCAUUCGAGAUGCGUUGUUCGAGGUCGGGGAUCGUCUGGCCAGAGCCUUGGUGAUGGUUUUGAGAGAUUUUUUCUGAUUUCAAUGAGUUUAUCAAGAGAAAUCGAGCUUCCUCUUCCUCGAUCUUGCUAAUCCUAUAUUCAUACUGAUUUGCGUUGUUCUUCCUCAGUGGUUU